CCCCCAACCUACCGCCUCCCAGAAACUCCCCGGAAACCCUUCACACCGCGGGAAUACCAGCACACCGAACUGAAACACCCACCAACGCAGCCCCCGAUUCCCCACUUCGAACUUUAUCCCCCUCCCCAUUUACACUUCUCUUUGCACAACUCUAUCACGUCAAAGAAGCAAAAGAAAAAAAUGAUCUCCCAUCGAAAACCUUAG